AUGGCGUCCGAAACCGGUCCGUACAUUUGCCACUUUGACCGUUUCGGAGACUGUCCGGGGAUGUUGCCAGGCAAGCACGACACUCGGCACAUUCGCUUGAGUCACUACAACCCGCGCCAGCCUUUCCUCAAACAGAACAUGACGGGCAACAUAACGCUGGUCGAGGAUUUGUACGAUGCCGAUGCUUGUUGGACGAGUGUCAGUUUAGACUUACGGUCUAACAACCAGUGGAAAAAUAACUACUUCGUCUUCAAUGGAUCAAGGGUGAACUGCUCAGGCUAUCGACGACACGCACCAGACUACUUUCGAGUCAUGUUCAAGCAGGACCCUAACAGAAAGGGGCCAUGUUUCGUAAAAGCGAUGGCUCAGGCUGUGCGUGGAACAGAGGAGCAAAAGAUAUUCCUCGUAUCGUACAUGGAAAGGAAUCCUGCCUUCUGCCAACGUGAGUUUCGAGGUGCCCAAGGACUCCUCGAGCUUCGUCAGAAGUAG